UUUCUUGUCUCACUUCAAUCCUUUCAUCUUCUCCGGCAACCGGCGCCACAGAAAGGCACAUAUUUGUGCGGGUCGGGUUUGAUCAGUCGGGUCGGUAUGAUAUACGAGCCUACAAAUUGUAGGUAACAAAGAGACUUGCCUUCUGAUUUCAUUCUUGGGAAGCUUAAGAGAAUGUAUCUGCUAUCUGAGUUGUCUGGUGUGAUGAUAAUUUUCUUUGAGUUGCUGCGCCACAAGGAGUCAAGACUGACUUUUAAGCCUUUGUGCAUGCAUUGGUUAGAAAUGAUCCUUGAUGCUCUUUGACGGGCUGAACUAGCCAGUAUGAGCACUUCUAUGAGAAAAAUGAACAUUCAAAGGGACUCCUCACAGAGUUUAACUAUUUAACUGGCUGUAUCCAGCUAAAAGUUUGGUAUAUGCAACAGCUGACUGUUCUUGUUCACGCUAAUUUCAUAUAGCAAUGCAUUCAUGGUGGGGGAAGUCUUCAUCUAAGGAUGUAAGGAGGAAAUCCACCAAGGAGAGUUUCAUUGACAUAAUAAAUAGGAAAUUGAAGAUUUUCACUGAGGAAAAAUCAAGUGGUAAAUCUGGAUCAUCUCGAAGACAACGCAAUGAUACAAAUUCAAGGUCACCAUCACCAUCUACGCCCGUUCCACACUGUCAGGUCUUUGCUGAUAGGACUUCUUCUCAACCACUUCCCCAUCCCGAGGGUCACUCUUCUUAUGUACAUCUUGUCGACUCUGAUAACAGUGCAUCCAUAAUAUUAGUGACCGGUGAAGUCUCCGAGCCAUCAUUGACUUUGCCUCUUCCCACGCCAAGGAAUCUUCCACAUGGACCAGCUUCUGCUUCAUGUGACAGCUCCAGUGACAGUGAUGAUCUUACUGACUCACGGCUUCCAAGUCCCCAAACAUCUGAUUAUGAAAACGGGAUUAGAACUGCCUUGAAUAGUCCUUCCAGUUUGAAGCAGAAGGUUCAUUCCCCUAUUGCAUCCAAAGCAAGUUCAGGAGAGAUGUUGAAGUCAGCUAAUCUUUUGUCAAACAAUCAGGCGAUCCCCACACCUCCUAGACACAGGCUUUUAAGCUCUCAUGUACCAGAUUUACAGAUUCCUCAUCAUGGUGCUUUCUAUAGUGCUCCUGACAGCUCAAUGUCAAGUCCUUCAAGAAGUCCCAUGAGGGUAUUUGGUCAUGAACUGGUCAUGAACUCUGGUUUCAGUGUAGGGAAGCCACAUGGAGAGAUAACCUUUUUAGGAUCUGGGCACUGCUCUAGUCCAGGUUCUGGCCAAAAUUCUGGGCACAAUUCAAUUGGAGGUGAUAUCUCAGCGCAGCCCUUUUGGCCACACAGCAGGUGUAGUCCUGAGUGUUCACCUGUACCUAGCCCCAGAAUGACUAGUCCUGGUCCUGGCUCUAGGAUACAUAGUGGUGCUGUAACUCCCUUGCAUCCUCGAGCUGGAGGAACAUUGGCUGAAUCUUCCACAGCUUCACUUGAUAAUGGAAAACAACAAAGUCAUCGUCUGCCUCUUCCUCCCAUAUCAAUCCCUCAUUCUUCUGCUUUUUCUUUGUCAUAUUCAAUGGCUCCUGCAAUUCCACGAAGUCCUGGUAGAACAGGUAAUCCUCCAAGCCCCGGGCCACGUUGGAAGAAAGGACGUCUGAUUGGUAGAGGCACAUUUGGACAUGUCUACCUUGGUUUUAACAGUGAAAGUGGUGAAAUGUGUGCAAUGAAGGAAGUAACACUCUUUUCAGAUGACGCAAAGUCAAGAGAGAGUGCACAGCAGCUUGGACAGGAAAUAUCUCUGCUAAGUCGGUUGCGCCAUCCAAAUAUUGUGCAAUAUUAUGGAUCUGAGACGGUAGAUGACAAACUAUACAUAUACCUUGAGUAUGUUUCUGGUGGUUCAAUCUAUAAAAUUCUUCAAGAAUAUGGUCAGUUGGGUGAGCUAGCAAUUCAAAGUUAUACUCAACAAAUUUUGUCUGGACUUGCAUAUUUGCAUGCUAAAAACACAGUGCACAGAGAUAUUAAAGGAGCAAACAUACUGGUUGACCCAAAUGGCCGCGUUAAAUUGGCAGAUUUUGGGAUGGCAAAACAUAUAACUGACCAAUCCUGUCCUUUGUCUUUCAAGGGAAGUCCUUACUGGAUUGCACCUGAGGUUAUUAAUAAUUCAAAUGGUUGCAAUCUUGCGGUAGAUAUAUGGAGCCUUGGAUGCACGGUUUUGGAGAUGGCAACGACAAAACCACCUUGGAGUCAGUAUGAGGGGAUCGCUGCUAUUUUUAAGAUUGGAAACAGCAAGGAAGUUCCUGCAAUUCCUUAUCACCUCUCAGAUGAGGGCAAGGAUUUUGUGCGGCAAUGUCUACAACGCAAUCCACUCCACCGUCCAACAGCUUCUCAGCUCCUGGAACAUCCCUUUGUCCAAAGUACUGCUCCAAUGGAAAGAUUCAUUGGCAUUGGACAUUUAAAAGAUCCACCAUGUGUGGACUCAGAAGGAGUUGCAGUUCAUCAUCAACCUAGAGGUUCAAUGAUUUUUCCUGGAUUUAGUGAUGUACCUGUUCCAAGGAACAUAUCUUGCCCAGUUUCUCCUGUUGGGACAGAGAGCCCUCUUUACCAUUCACAAUCACCUAAACAUAUGAGUGGAAGAUUGUCCCCCUCUACCAUAUCAAGCCCCUGUGCUGUAUCUGGUUCAUCAACACCUCUUAGUGGCGGUGGUAGUGGUAGUGCUGUUCCACUAUUUAACUCAAUGAUGCCAACAACUUAUUCAUCAGAAGGAGCAGGAACAUCACCAAAGGCCCAAAGUUGUUUUUACCCUGAUGGUUACACUAGUCACAAUCUGAAGUCUGACAUGUUUUCUCCAAUAAAACCAUUGCCAUAUCAGGGACAGUCAGUAUUAGCUAAUAGGGUUGCUCAGCAGCUCCUGAGGGAUCAAGUAAAAUUGAGCCCAUCGUUUGACCUGAACCCAGGCUCUCCAGUUUUUGGUUGGGAUAAUGGGGUCUAACUUGUAAAAGCCACCUGAAAAAAGAUGGGUGUGCUUGCAAUAUCUCAUGGAACAAUUGUACAGUAACUAUAACAAAAUGACUAGUGCACUGAAUAAAAGUUUUGGAGCUGAUGAAAGGAGAAGGCUCUCUCAGUAUCCCAAUCUAUACAUUCUCAGUUGCUAUCCAAUUACCAGGCAAGGAGCCUCAUGCAGCAGUGCUAGAAAUUCACUUUCUUUUGGGAUCCUCGUUGCCAAACUCGUUGCAUAUAAGAUCUUUAUUCUUCGGGUUGAAAUACAAGGGGAGACGAAAAAAUGGUCGUACUGCUGUACAGAGCGAACUUCAUAGGACUGACAGGUUCAAAGGAAUCCAAGGCUUGGUUGAGAUUUUUUUGGGGGGUAACUGUUCAUUGUAAAGCUCUCAUAUACUCUUUUUGAGUUUUUCAGCAAAAGCCUCUUGUAUCAAUCUUGUAAUAUGGAUCCUUGAAAGCCAGCGUUAAUCCAAUUUUCAACCAUGUUACUAACUUUGAAGUUGAAUGUGGGUUCAACUUUUAUCCUGUGUAAGUUGGAGAAGCAUGUUUGACUAAUGAUGGCUAUUUACAUCCAUCAACUAAACUGCUAAAAAUCAUCAUAAUAUAUGUACAUACAACCUG